UUGUAUGGAAUCCGGACCAGACUUUUAGUCUCGCCUCCAAAUGACAACAAUGGUGUAAAUUGAACUUCCGGUAUGUAAACAUCCAGCAUCAGAAACAAGCGAUUGCGUGAGAGGUUUGACGGGUCUGCUCCGAAAAUCCUGAUUGGAAGAUGAGCACCCAAGGGUACAAAAGGACCAAUUUUGAAGAAGAUGACAUUUCAAACAGUAGCAACCCUCCAGCCAUCGACUUCAAUGCAGGCGUGGUCUUCAAGGGAGGACUGUCGUUAUGGCAAAAGAAGUCCAUCAUGGAAAGAGUUCUUCUUAUUCUCACCAUCAUUUUGUUGAUCACAAUCAUCAUUCUGGCCAUUGUAUUGGCAUCAAAGCAGGCACACAUCACCUACCUACAGAAUUCAGCAGUGUGUUUAGAGCCGACCUGUGUCCAGGUGUCCAGUUCCCUGAUAACUGCUAUGGACAGAUCAGUGGACCCAUGCGAGGACUUCUACCAGUAUGCAUGUGGGGGCUGGAUCAAAUCCCACCCGAUCCCCUCUGGUCACUCACGCUUCAACAUGUUCAGUGUCCUGUGGCAGGCCAAUCAAGUGAUCAUGAAGCAUGCUAUAGAACAACCAGUGAAUGCAUCCGUGAAUCUGUCUGAGUGGAAGGCCAAAACCUAUUAUCAGUCCUGUAUGGACGAGAACAAGACAAUUGAGGAACUUGGUGCCAAACCAUUACUGGACAUACUCAAAAAGGAAGUUCCAGGUUGGUCUAUAUCUGUAAUAGAUUCAACCUUUGACCUACAGGACCUACUGGAGAAGUGUAAGAAGUAUGGUGUGUCCACGUUGUUUGCUCUGUGGGUUGGAGAGGAUGAUCGCAGUUCUACAAGAAACAUAUUAAAGCUCGACCAGUCAGGGUUAGGACUACCUGAGCGUGAUUACUACCUUAACAAAAGCAUCCAUCAGGACCCAGUGUUAGUGGCCUACCUAGAGUAUAUGACAGAGGUGGGAAUGUUACUGGGUGGAGAAGAAAACAGCACGAGAUCCCAGAUGAUCGAUGUCAUCAUGUUUGAGACAAAGCUUGCCAAUAUUACAAUUCCUUCAGAAGAUCAUAGAGAUGAGGAGAAGAUGUAUCACAAGAUCACUAUUGAACAGCUGCAACAAAAUGUCACAUUUAUUGACUGGCUGCAUAUCAUCAAUAGCUGCCUGUCUAUGGCUGACAUCCAUGUCACAGUCUCAGAGGAAGUAGUAUCUUAUGCUGGGAAUUAUCUACAAGACAUGGCUGACCUUGUCAAUGACACCAUGGGGACAGAGAGAGGCAGAAGGACCCUGUACAAUUAUUUGAUGUGGCAUAUCAUCAAGUCAAUGACAUCUUACCUUUCAAAGCCUUUCCGUACGGCACAGAAAGUAUUGUCAGAAGCACUGUCUGGUACAACUGGGGGAGAGGAGUUGUGGCGGGACUGUAUAUCAGACACAGAUCAGACGCUUGGCUUUGCUUUGGGUGCCAUGUUUAUCCGUGAAGCAUUCAACGGUGACAGUAAAGUUAAGGCUGAGGCUAUGAUAGAUGAAGUAAAGACCGCUUUCAAGAAUAAUCUGCCAAGUCUGAGCUGGAUGGACAGUGAAACGAGGGUAGCAGCAGUAGAUAAGGCAAACGCUGUGGUUGAUAUGAUAGGCUUUCCUGAAUACAUCUUGAAUGUUUCCAAGUUAAACGAGGAAUAUAGUCGCUUGGAGAUAAAAGAAAAUGAAUACUUUGGAAACAACAUCAGGAGUACAAAAUAUCAGCUAAGAAAAAAUUUUGCAGAAUUAAGGAAAGCUCCAAAGAAAAACAGAUGGAGUAUGACACCACCAACAGUCAAUGCCUACUACACACCCACCAAGAACCAGAUUGUCCUUCCCGCCGGUGUUCUACAAGCUCCUUUCUACGAUGCCAGCUUUCCUAUGUCAUUAAACUUUGGUGCAAUAGGUGUGGUGAUGGGACACGAACUAACACAUGGGUUUGAUGAUCAAGGACGUGAAUAUGACAAAAAUGGAAAUCUUCGACCAUGGUGGAAUAACCAAUCAGUCGUAAGGUUCAAGGAGAGAGCGGAAUGCAUGCAGAAACAAUAUUCUCAAUACAAGCUGAAUGGUGAAAAUGUAAAAGGAAAGCUGACAUUGGGAGAAAACAUAGCAGAUAAUGGUGGUCUCAAAUCAGCAUACCAUGCUUAUACAGACUGGAUUUCACACAAUAAAGAUGAGCGCCCCUUACCAGCUAUAAAUCUCACACACAAACAACUGUUCUUCCUUGGCUUCUCUCAGGUGUGGUGCUCUACAAGCUUAAAGGAAGCUGACCACCUUCAGCUCCUGAGUGAUUCUCACAGCCCAGCCAAAUUCAGGGUUAUCGGGACUUUGUCCAAUUCCAAAGAAUUUGCAGAGGAGUUCCAAUGUCCAGUAGGCUCUCAGAUGAAUCCAAGGGAGAAAUGUGAAGUGUGGUAAUGACUUCUUCUGUUGGUCACCAUCCAGCAUUCCGGUUGUCAUGGAAAAAGCAAUAGCAUAUAGUUAUAGUUUCCAUGGUAAUGUUGUUUUCUGCUAUCAUAGCCCACAUGGACUUGCAUAGGUUGCUAUGGUAACCAGCAAUAGGUGCUGGUGCUGAGAUAUUGAGACAGUGAGACAGUCAUGUGUGAACCUGGUAUUACAUGUUAGUGUCAGUGUCUGGUGCCAGGGCAUUAGAUAUCGCACAUUUUGUCUGACAAGGACCAUCAACAUUAACACAAGUUCUUUGUUUUUGGGAUGUCUGGAGAUGUAAACUUAACAAAGCUGGAUUAUAAUUAAUCAUAUUCAUAUACAGGUUUUAAGGUUUACAAACAUCAAUGUAGGUGAAGGAUAGCACAGGAACUUGGCACCAAUUCAUAUAUAGGGAUGUGUAUGUAUGCGUGUAAGACAAUUCAUAUAUAGGGAUGUGUAUGUAUGCGUGUAAGACAAUUCAUAUAUAGGGAUGUGUAUGUGUGUGUGUAAGAUAAAGAACAUGGACUAUCAGGUUUCAGAACCUCUCCCUGUGUAUCAGGACAUUCUGUUAUCCAGUACGUAUACCUACACACAAUGUAUUGACAAUUCUUUUAAUAUCAUAAAAUAUUCUGCAUUAGAUUAAACAAGGUAGACAAAAAUUAACAUGAAAGAUUUUUUACAGGAUUUAGGUAGGUGUGGUUACUUAAUAUACUGGGGUAUGUGUGAGAUUGAGGCAUAUGUCAUGAUCAAGACAUGAAAUGUUAUUUUUAUGCAUUAAUGAUUGUGUAUCACGUCAGAAUGAUAAUACACAACUACAUAGUACAUAUUAAGUAACCCAGCACUAUACUUAAAGUUUGUUUGUUUUAUUUUCUUCUGAUUCAGAGGGUCAAACAUAACGCAAAUGAGAGAAGAAAAAAUUGUUUGUUGUUUGCUUUAGCCAUUGUGUUUUGAGGCACCCCCUUCAAGUUUGAAGUCUGUAUCAGUGUCUGUGUCAGUGGUCCAUGUCAUUCAAAACAGGAGAUGUCUAUAUUUUUCCAGGUGGUACUAAUAUGAAAAUAUCCUAUGUAAUGGUCAUCCUCUGGUUCUGAACAGAUGAAGUUUGCCAUAAGAAGCAUAUAAAGGGUAUAAUGAUUUCUGUCGAAAAUAUCUUGUUUUUAAGUCAAUGUUCCGAAUCUUAGGAGUUAUAACUGUUGUGAUAUAUGUCAGAUAUGCAGUGUAUGAUGUCUAGUUUGUGAUGAUUUAGAUUAUAUUGUUUAUCAUGGCAAAGAAUGAAGGCGUUCACUGAGGGAGCUGGACUGUUAUAGAUAUUGUGUAAUUUGUGGAAAAGGUAAUAAUUAGGCCUCCAUCAUGUAGAAGAAUUUUCAAUUUCAAACAUAACGUUUAGCUCACCUGGCCCAAAGUGGGCUAUGGCAUGGCCAAUAGUCUGUUAUCCAUGUCAGAACUUUCCUUAUAAGCAACUUUAUUUCAAAAAACCAAAAUAUCUAGAAUCAGGAUAUUUAAAUGGCUGUUAUUUUCAAAAGAAAUGAUUUUGACCCAUAUUUUUUUUUCAUACAUUUUUAUACCCCCGCAACGAAGUAUAUUGGAAUCAGGUUGUCCGUCCAUC